CAUCUAUCUCACUCUCGCUCUCACUCCUCCGCCAUCCGCAAUGCCUCGCGCGCCGCUCGCCGAGCUCCCGCUCGCGCACUACCUCCCGCCACCGAACGGCGCCAUUGCCAGCACCAGCACCAGCACCAGCACCAAGCUCCCCCCCUCCCCGCUCUCGAAGCGCGCCACGCCCAAGCGGGCACGCAUAGACCUCUCCUCCGACGAGCUGGGGACGGGCAAGAGCCCCGCGCGGCGGCUGUUUGUCGAGCCCGUCUCCGCCUCCGCCUCCGCCUCCGCCUCCGUCGCACCACCACCUGCUCUAGUCCCAAGUCCCGCCCCAAGUUCCGCCCCAAGUUCCGCCCCAAGUCCUGCUCACGCACCAUCACACGCCCACGCCCCCUCCCCCGCGCCCGCCCCCGCGCCCCGCAGCGCGCUGCACGAUCCCGGGUUCCGCGUGUUCUACGAUCCGCGCGGCGCCGCACACCACCACGCCUUGUCCGUGCCGCCGGGCCACGACGCCGAGAACGUGCCGCCGGCGUGUACGCGCGUGCUGCGCUCCCACGCGCAGUCGAAGGAGGCGUUGAGGACACGCGCGCGCGCGAUCCGCGCGGCGUGAUCGGCGCGGCGAGAUCGCCGCCGCUACUGUUGUAUUAUCAGCUGAUGCAGUGUUGUUUUG